AUGCCUCCGCUCGCCCAGGAAUCGGCGCGCUUCAAGAGACCGCCUCGCGAUGCGUCCCUGCCGCGGCCGUCGCGUCCGUCGCUGCCGGACGGCUUCGAGUCGGACGACGGCGCGAGGAGCGACGGCGGCGCGAGAAGCGACGUCGACGCGUGGAGCGACAGUGACGUGAGGAGCGACGACGAGCGGUGGGCGGAGGGACUGCUGGACAUCGGCAGUGCGGCGGACGACGCAUCCCCGCCCGCCUCGAUUUCUGCCACCACCCAAUCAGCCAAGUUCCGCUGCUUGCAGUGCGGCAGCUCCGCGCAUCCCUCGUGGCUCUGCGAUGCCCCUCCGCCAGCCGCUCGCUGCGCGCACUGCUCCGCCAAGGAGAAGGGUAAGCGCCCCUUGGCGUGCCCGGACGUCGCCACCGCUUUGAACCGCAUCACAUCUUGCCGUGCGACGGCUGACGUCGCCGGCAUGCAGGCUGCAAUCGACGGUUUGCAGCGCGCCGGCCAUCGCCCGCCGCUGGAGGCGUUUUCGCAGGUGAUUGCGACGCACGCGACGCUGGGGGAGCCAGAAAAGGCGGAAGCGGUGUUGGCGGAGAUGGAAGCGGCGGGGGUGGCGGCGGACCCGGUGUGCUACAACGCCGUGGUGAACGCCUUCUGCUCGCGCGCGCGCGUGGACGAGGCGCUGACCGUGCUGCGGCGCAUGCGCUUCAACGGGUGGGAGCCGACGGCCAGCACGUACAACACGCUCAUCAAAGGCUUCGGCGCCGCCAAGCGCCCGGAAGACGCCGCGAAAGUCGCGGAGAUGAUGUUGCGGACGUACAACAUGUUGCUGAACGCGUGGUGCGAGCGCGGGGACGUGGAGCAGGCGCGCGCGGUGCUGCGCGAGAUGCGCGCAGCGGGCGUGGCGCCGGACGCGGUGUCGUACAACACGCUGAUGAAGGCGUACGGGCGGCUGGGGCGCCCCAACGACUGCGAGCGCGUGCUGCGCGAAAUGGUGAACGCGCUCGUGCGCCCCAACGCGCGCACGUUCGGCAUGAUGGUGCGCGCGCUGUGCGACGUGGGGCGCAUGGCGGACGCGGAGGUGGUUGCGGAGCGCAUGCGCGAGUGGGACGUGGCGCCGAACGCGACGAUCUUCAACACCAUCGUGAAGGGGUACUGCCAGGCCGGCCAGCCGCUCCCCGCCGCGCAGGUGCUGCAGAAGAUGCGGUUGGCGGGCGUGCCCCCCGACCUGGCGUCGUACUGCACGCUCAUGAACGCCUGGAGCACCGCGGCGCGACCCGACCGCGCGCGCGCCGUACUGCAGGAGGCCAUGGCGGCGGGGCUGGCGCCGGACGUGGAGGCGUUCUCGGUGCUCGCCAAGGGGUACCUGCGCGCGCGCCAGGGGGACGCCGCCGAGCGGCUGCUGGACGAGAUGCGCGAGCAGCAUGGGUUGGCGCCGAACGUGGUGACUUACACGACGGUGAUGGGCGCGUACUGUAGCAUGGGCGCGCGCAUGGACUCCGCCAUGGCUGUGUACGAGCGCAUGGUGGGCGCGGGCGUGCGCCCCAACGCGUUCACGUUCCGCACGCUCAUCUGGGGCUUCUGUGAGGCGCGCCUGCCCCACCGCGCGGAGGCCGUGCUGCGGCUGAUGGAGGCGGAGGGGGGGCGGCUGGACGCGCGGUGCUACGAGCAGACGAGCCUGGCGUGGCAGUCCGUGGGGCUGUGGCGCGACGCCCAGCGCAUCGCCGCGGAGAAGCGCGACAAGUGUGGCGCGCAGGGCGGGGGGGCGCGGAAGCUGAGCAAGCGCGAGGAGAGGGGCAGGCGGGUGCGGGCGGAAGGGGGUGGGACAGGGGGAGAUAGGAUCAGAGGGGCGGGGGGCGGGAGCAGGGCGGGCUUGGGAGAUGGCAGUGUUGGGCAGACUGGCAAUGGGGCGAGUCAUGGCAGCAGCAGCAGUGAGAGCAUGAGAGGCAGUGAUGAGAGUGAUGGUGAGAGCAGCAGCGGUGGUGGUGAGAGGUUUGGCGUGGAGAGCAACAGCAGGGUUGAAGGUGCAGGGCAGGAGGGCGAGGGCAGCAGCAGUGCAGCAGCACAGCAGGCAGAAGCCGAGGGGAAGGCGGCAGUUAGGGUUGGAGGGGGCGAUAGGGGUGGCAGCGUCAGAUCAGGCAUGGUGAAUGGCAGGGAGUCUAGGGGGCCGAGCGGCAGUGCGAGGGGCAGCGGAAGAGGCAGUAAGACUCGCAUAUGGCAAAGACCACAGUCCCUCCCUGUGCCACAAGGGGAGGUGGCAACUGGUGCAGGAGCCACCCAGUCAGAGGCCCAGAGGUCCCCGUCAGCCGCCCUGCUGCCCUGCGCCGCUGCUGCUCUCCACCUGCGCUCCCCCCUCCCCCUGCCACGCCCACACCGCCAGGCGUGGCAGCACUGCCAUUCGCCCCACGCCCCCCUCUCCGCUCUCACCUGGGCUGCAGCUGUCGCACCACACCGCGCUCCUCUUCUUGCCCUCCCCUUCUCCCUCGCUACGCUUCUCUCGCGCCCCUCUCCCACCUCUGCCCGCUGCAAGCACACCGUGCGUGUGUGUGUGGGGCCGGCACUGCGGCGGGUGCAGGCUGGCAGCACCGCUUACAGGCCCCCAUGUGCGGGCAGUGCCAUGCUGUCACGGCGCCCACACCCGCCCCGGCUGCUCGCACUGCCCUCCCGGGCCUCACAAGCACGCCCCUCGCCUCGCACUCCCAGCCUCGCAUGGACCGGCAGCACGGGAGCGGGCGAGACGGGCACAGCAGCUGCAUCGCGCAUGGGAUUGCUAUCCCGGCACGUGCCAGGCUUCCCACUCUCUCCCUACACCGCUCCUCUUCGUCUCUCACCCUCCGCGCCCAUGUCGGCCUCCGCCCGCCUGCGCGCAUGUGCAGUCGGCGGGCGCGAGGCUCUAUGGGAUGCUGGCGCGGGCGCGCGGAACAGCACCCAGGAGUCCGCCAUUCGGCGCUUGAAAUGGCCACCCGCAGAUGAUGGCGGGCUGCGCGGAAAGCUGAGUGCUGCGCCUAUGCCCCGCCGCUCACUGCUCUCCCCCAAGCGCCAAACGCUGCGCCCCGGAAUGCCGCUCAGCGGACCUCCGCCGAUCGCUCUCCGCGGCACCAGUAGUCAACGCCAAGGGCGCGCGGCCCCCGUGGUGGCUCUAGCAGGCAGCAAGUGGCGGCGCAGCGACCAGCCCCCCGUGCGGCUUCCGCCCGUGCUGAGCCCGUCCGCGUCCGCGCUGCUGCGCCAGCUGCGCCAGCAGAAGCUGCGCCGACAAAGAUGGGCGGCGCUGGAGGCGGCUAGCGCGGGAGGAGGGGGAGGCGGAGGGCGGAAGGGCGCGGAGGAGGAUGUGGCGGCGGUGCUGCGCGAGCUGAGGCGCAGGGAGGAGUGGCACGUGGUGGCGCAUGUGUACGAGUGGGUGGUGGCGCGAGAGGGGUGGCGCGCGGAUGUGUCGGGGUACAAUCUGCUCAUGGACGCCUACGCGCGCUCAGGCGCCGCCCCCACCGCUCUGCGCGUCUUCCGCCUCAUGCAGCAGGGGCGCGUGCGCUUCUCCCUCCCACAGACGCGCGGACGGGAGAGGGCAGCGGGGGGAAGAGAGAGAGAUGCAGGGGAGGAAGGAGAGGGAGCAAGGGGAAGAGAGGGUAGAGGGCCGCGGGGAAAGGGGAGGGAGGAGGAGGAGGGGGACGGGGAGGAAUGGGAAGUAGAGGAGGGGGAAAGGGGGGAAGUGGGGGAGGAGGAGGUGGAGAUGUGGGUGGAGGAGGGAGUGGGCGUGUGUGUGCCCAGCGAGGCCUCAUUCAACGUCGUGCUGGGCGGGCUGUGUCGUCAGGGCCUGCUGCCGCCCGCUGAAGAGCUCUUCCAGGAGAUGCUUCGCCGCGGCUACCGCCCCAGUGAGUGCUGCCGCCCCAGUGAGUGCUGCCGCCCCAGUCUGGUGACGUACAACACGAUGGUGGAGGUGAGGGGGAGGGCGGGGGACGUGGAGGGCGCGGAGGGGCUCAUGCGCGCCAUGCGGGGGGAGGGCGUGCGCCCCACCGCCGCCUCCUACGCGCUGCUCAUGCACGCCUAUGGCAAGGCGGGCCUGCCCCAGCACGCAGAGGAGGUGUUUGCAGGGCUGCACGGGGCGGCCGUGCUGCCCACGGUGCCGUGCUUCACGGCGCUGAUAGCGGCGCAUGCACGCGUGGGGCAGUGGCGGGAGGCACAGCGCGCGUACGACAGCAUCGCCCUCAUGGGGCUGCGCCCUGACCUGCAUGCCACCACUGCUCUCCUGCACGCCCUCUCCACGGCGGGCGAGGUGGAGCGGGCGCGGGGAGUGCUGGAGGCGAUGCAGCGCACCAUUGGUGCCGCCCCUCCGCCCUCCUGUGUCACCCCGCUGCUGGCCGCCCUGGCACGGCAGGGACUGUGGACAGAGGCGGAGGAGGUGUAUGCAUCGCUAGCAGCGGCAGGCACACCCCCCCCGGUGCGGUGGCAGCACGAGCUGCUGCGCGCGUACGAGCGCGCAGGGCUGCCGGAGAAAGUGCAGGCACACCUGGCGCUGCUGCGCGGGACAAUGCUCAACUGCCUGGCGGGGGCGCAUGGGCACGCGGGGGACAGGGCAGCCAUGCAGCGAGUGCUGGAGCGCAUGCACGGGGUGGAGGGGGCGGCAUGGCAUGUGAGCUCGUACAACACCGUGCUCGCCGUGCUCGUGCGUGCUGCUGACAUGGCGGGCGCUGAGAGGCUCAUGGAUGACAUGCGGGCGGGCGGCGUGCCCCCUGAUGCUGCCACGUGGACCACACUCAUGGGCGGGUACGCGGAGAAGAAGCUUCUGAGAAAGUGCAUGAGUGUGUUUAGGAAGAUGGUGGCAGCGGGGGUGCGUUGGGAUGCGAGGGCGGUGCGAGUGAUGCUGGCGGCGUGUCGCAGUGGCGAGCAGCAGGAGGAGGUGAGGCAGCUCGUGGAGAGUGUGGUUAGGAAGAGGACCAAGCGCUCCCUGCCCUCCCCCCCCUUCUCCUGUCCUACCCCUCGUCGUCCGCCCUUCCCAAUUCGUCUGCUCGCGCCACGCGCGUCCCGCGCAUUCCCUCGCCCGCCCGCUGCUCUUCCCGCUGAUUCCGUCCCUUCCACCGCCGCUCCGCCCUCGACACCGCAAGGCCCGCGCGAAUGGCGGAAGCUGUGGGCGCAACUGGCGCGGAAGUGGGCCAUGCGGGGGCGGCGGUGGCGGUGGGGCGUGCUGGACGGGUACCUCGCGCGCAGCAUGGCGCGCCCCUUCGCGGUGGCGGCGGGCGUGGCGGCGAGCGUGGGCGUGGCGCUGGGGUCGCUGGCGGAGGUGGCGCGCGUGGCGGCCAACACGGGCGCGCCGCUCCGCCUGGCGCUGCUGGUCGCGCUGCACCACCUCCCGCGCUUCCUCGCGCUCGCGCUCCCCCCCGCCUGCCUCGCCGCCUCCCUCUUCGCCUUCUCCCACUUCCUGUGCCCCCAGGCGCAGAGCGAGCUGGCGGGCAUGGCGGCGGGGGGAGUGGCGUGGGGCAGGCUGCUGCGCGCGCCAGUGUGUGUGGGCGUGGGGGCAGGCGUGCUCAUGCUCGCAUGCCAUGAGCAGGCGCAGCACCACCAUGACCCCCUCGCACUCCUCCUCGCCCAUCUUCACCCCCCCUCACCACACACCACCAUCGCCUCUCCUCUCGCUGGCAGUGCAGGGGGGGCAGCGGCGGCAGCAGGCAAGGGGGGCGAGGGAGGGGGAGGGGGGGCGGGGCUGUGGCGGGUGUGGUAUGCGGGGGAGGUGGGGGGCGGUGCCAUGCGGCGUGUCAUGCUGCUGCACCUCGCCCCUCAGGGGCACGUGCAGGCCGUGAGUCCUCCUUCCCUCUUCCCCGGCUUGUCUCUCUCUCGCAUGGGUGCAGCGCCAGGCACCCCGCAAGGGGCCAAGGUGGUGGGGAAGGGACGAGCGGGCGGUGAGGGAGCAGCGCAGGCGGGUGGGGGAGCAGAGGAGGCGGGUGGCGGAGCAGAGGAGGAGGGUGGCGGAGGCGGAGAGUGA